CUUAGAUAGCCAAGAAAGGGAGAGAGGGUCUCAGCAAAAUAGUCAUCCAUGUCCAAGGAGAAGAGAAGAGCAAAUGAGAAGAAAAUCGAGGAGAUAAAUUGGGAUUUGAAGGGUACAGAAUGUCAUCUUUUGGUCUAUUCAAGCCCAACAAUUUGGAAUGGAAGAAAUAUUUGAUGAAAUCAUGAAGAAGGUGAAGUUUUCCCAUCAAAAAUAUGGAGCACGUCGCUGUGUUUUGUGCAUAAUCGACCUAACCGGCGCCAGUUUCAGACCUACCCGGCGCCAGUUUCAGACCUACCCGGCGCUGGUUUCAGACCUACCCGGCGCCGGUUCUUUGUUAUGCGCAGAAAUAUAUGAAAAAAUGGGGUACCUGGCGCUGUCCAUCAGGCCUACCCGGCGCCGGGUAAGCUACUGGAAAGUGCCUUGUGCAAAACACAUCAGACCGGCGCCGGUUAUGGUGCAAUUCCGGCGCCGGUUUUGUUCUGGGAUUUUGGGGAUGUUCUGCUAUGAAUUUGGACAUGCUUGUUUCACCAAAGUUGUAGAUAAUGAAGUCUUCUAUCUAACAAAACUUGAAUGACAUGUUUUUAGUCAUCCAAUUAAAAGUUAUGAACAAAACACUGAGAGGUAUGCAUCCUGAAAUCCCACCAGCA